AACAAGAGUAAAAUCGAAAUAUGCACUCAAAAGAUGUUUUAUUUUCGAUUCUUCAUUUGCAGCGUGAUCAUAACAUUCAUCCAUUUUACUUAUACUAUUAAAAAACAUAUACUAUAUGGUAGAGAAGUAAAAGGUAAAAUUUUUUAAAAAAUCCUAAAUCAACGAAUAUUACAAGAAAUAUCAUUAAGAUACAGAGCGGUUCACUGCUCCUAAAAUAGUCGUUUAUUUUUUCUAUUUUUCCUUUUUAUUUCGCUUUAGCUGCAUAUUUUUUUUGCUAUUACUAUUGAAGCUUCAUCGAUAAUUUUUAAAAAAAUGACAUUUUUCUUCUUAGAGAACAUCUGAGGAAUGAAUACCACUCGUUUAAAAAAAUAAAAUAAACGUCUUGUUUGAAUAUUAAUUUUGUAGUAUCAUUCACUUUUGAACAUCCAUAAUCAUAAGGAUCCAGUAGUCUUAAAAUGUAUUGUCUGGUGAAGUUAAUUCUGUAUCUCAUUGAACAUUGAUAAUCAUCCUACUUUGAAAUCAUUUUUUAUGAUAGGUAAUUUUGUUUGUGAUUUACAAUACUCUUGUCACAUUCUGAACUUUCCGCAAGAAAAAAAUGUACCCAUCAGCUUGGACGUCAAUCAGAUAUAAUCAUAUACUGUUCUCAAACUUUCACCUCAGUCAAUAUUUUAAUUUCUUUUAUUUAUAUAUUACAGCCCGUUGUAUGUGCUAUUGAUGUUGCUCUCCAAGCGCAAUCAACCAUAUGAUGCAUGUUUCUUUUUGUGUUUUUGCUUUUUUACCACGAUUAAUCACCAUUACCUAUGCAUUUUCAUUUCAUUUAUCUCACUAAGCUUCACAGUAUAUAAAGCCGCAGAAUUGUGCAGCCAAACCACAAUCAACUUCUCGUCAAUACACAGAGGUGAAUUAUUCUUUGUACGUAUAUAUAUUUGAUCAAAUAUUAUCCUUUACGAUAUUUUGUUAGAGUAUUCAAAGUCUCACUUCAUCUCAAUUAGUAUUAAAACACUUUCAUCAAUAAUCAUGGUGAGUUUAUUGUCUUUUUAUAUUGAUUCUUAUUUCUAAUUUUUCAUUUACGUAGGUCUUUCAAUCUCCUUAUUAUUCAUCAUAUGGAACAGCAACAUCAAGUUGUCCAGGUUGUGCAUUUUCUCAACCAUCAAUGGUUUCUCAACCACUCUUUUAUCCACAACCAGUUUAUUAUCCAGGCACUUACUAA